AUGACGGUGCGGGAGGCCCAGGACAGCCCGCUCUUCGCCAACCGCCGCUUGCAGCGGAAGCUCCCGCUGGAGUCCAUCCAGGUGGUGCUGGAGGAGCUGCGCAAGAACGGGAACCUGGAGUGGCUGGAUAAGAACAAAACCAGUUUUCUGAUCAUGUGGAGGAGGCCAGAAGAAUGGGGGAAGCUCAUCUACCAGUGGGUGUCGAAGAACGGCUUGACCAACUCUGUAUUCACGCUGUACGAGUUGGCCAGUGGAGACGAUACGGAGAACGAAGAGUUCCACGGCUUGGACGAGCCCAUGCUGCUGCGCGCCCUGCAAGCCCUGCAGCAGGAGCACAAGGCUGAGAUUAUCACGCUGGACGACGGCCGUGGCGUCAAGUUCUUCUGA